AUGGAUCGCAUUGCUGCUAUUAUAAAAAAGGCAAAAUUGCUUAAUUUCCCUGAGGGUCAAGACUUUAACGGUGUUCUAUUUGAAUGGAACCACCCUGAGGAAGGUCAUGAGUAUAUUCAAAAUAUAUACCAGGAUGAAGAUGGUACUAUCAUGAUUAUCUGUUUUCUCGAGAAGCAAGCUCAGCUACUAUUGGAAUUUGAUUCCUUUGAAAUUGAUAUGUCUUAUAAACGUAUUAAAUCAAAGCAAUUUAAUGAGGUAGUGUUUGCAAAGUUCCUCCAGGCACACAAUAAAGUAUUUACUUUACUUCGUGUCUUUACUAAUAAAGAAUCUCCUCAUGGGUAUCAGUUGCUAUUCGAAAGAGUAUUUGCAACUAUAUCUAGGGUUCUUCAAAAGCCAGUUAACUUCUUCUACCUCCAUAGACGAGGCUUUAAAGCUAUUGUUAUGGAUAUGGAUGCAAAGCAAAUGACAGCAGGAUUUGACCCUAUUACUGAUAGCCAUAUUCUCGGCUCUGAUAUGGCUAGCCUUCUUGAUGCACCAUCAAGAAAUAGGUAUUUUGAAAUCUGUGCUACUCUCCGAGAAAGUAAUAAUCAGCAAGUCAGAGAUUGGGCGUCCCACAAGGCUCAAACUAUUAUUGCUUCCGGAUUGAAUCGAUUUUGUUCUCUUAUUAAUAAUCGGGUCUUCGAACAGAUAAGAACAAAUACAAAUGCUGCUGAGCAGAGCCAUUCCAAAUUAUAUUCAAUGGGUACUCGCCAAACACUCCUAAGUGCAGUCAAAAGUUCUCAGGUUCUUGAUCAACGAGAUGUUGACCAAUAUAAUGCAAUGGAUAAUUUUGGUCUUCACCAUAAUUAUAGAACUACAUCAAAGAGCACAAGUGUACAAACGAUGAUACGAAGGAAACAAAAUGAGGAAAAGAAGAAGAGACGUCAUCUAGCAGUAUCUAUUGAAGAUGAUACUAUAUUAUCUCAAGCUUCUUCCUCUGAGGAGACUCGAGAGCAAGGUCAAACUCAAGGCAGCCUAGGGAUAGCUACACAAAAUGCUCAGGCAACUAUUCAGCAACAGCAGCUUGAUUACCAGAGGCAACAAGCUGAGAUACGAAAGCAGAAUGCUGAAGCAGAGAAAAUAGAGCUUGAAAAUAAACGCCUUCUACUUGAGCUGACGAGGUUGGAGAGGGAUGUCGACUAG